ACCAAUCACAGGUGAUUUGACAUAUUUCAUGUCCGAGAGACGCUUUCCAUGAAAAAUAUCGCAAGAAAAUGGUAAGAAGUCAAAGUAAAAGCCGGGAGCGAAAGAAAAGUGGACCUGAAAGGGGAAGAGAGAAACACAGGAAGGAUUCAUCCUCCAGCAGUGACAGUGACUCGGACAGCAGCAGCUCAUCAGGCUCUAGAAGACGUUCACGCUCAUCAUCCAGUAACAGCAGUUCCAGUAGCAGUGGUAGUUCACGCAGCAGUUCUUCACGGUCCGGAAGCUCGAGCUCCAGUCGGUCAUCCUCUAGUGAUAGCAGUCCACGGAGAACAAGAGCCAAACGAAAGGCUUCAGAAUCACCGAAGAGGAAGAAGCGGAGUCCUUCUCCUGUCAAACCCACCAAAGUACAUGUUGGAAGAUUGACACGCAAUGUCUCCAAAGACCACAUCAUGGAGAUCUUCAGUGUGUAUGGACAGGUGAAACAUAUAGAAAUGCCAAUCGACAGAGUCCAUGCAAGUUUCUCCAAGGGAUUCGCCUAUGUGGAAUAUGAUAACACAACAGAGGCAGAGAAAGCUAUCAAAUAUAUGAAUGGAGGUCAGAUAGAUGGCCAGGAGAUAUCAGCUGCUGCAGUGUUGGCACCACGACCGGUGAGAGCUAGACGAUCACCCCCACGGAGGCCUCCACCAAGAUGGAACAGGCAGUCACCUCCUCGUUACAGAGACAGAAGAAGGUCACCACCACAGCGACGGAGAUCUCCACCUCGUCGAAGAUCAAGGUCACCAGUACGCAGACGACGAUACAGCAGAUCAAGUUCAAGCUCAUCACGAUGAUUCUGAUUUUGUGUUUGUGCCGUGAAUCAAAGAGUGAAAGACUUUAACAAUAGGGGAAUAGUUGAAAAGGUGGUGAAUGUGAAACAAUGAUAGGGGAAUAGUUGAAAAUGUGGUGGAUGUUGUUUCACUCUGUAUCAUAUGGUGUUCACAUUGAAUCACAGAGCCCUAGACCUAGCAGUGGAGGAGGAAAUGAAAAUGUAAAGGAUAGGGUUUCAGUAUUUACUAGCAUGAAACAAUGGUUUCACUAUGUAUGAAUGAAUUAUUGAGGUUGAGAGUAGUGGAAGAUUAAAUGGAACUGUGUUGUAUAUGAUAGCAACUUUACUAAAUUCAUAUCUACACUAGAAUGUCCAAGCAUACGCAUGUCAACAUAUUACAAGUUCAGUUAAAUACUCUGAUUUGUUGGCGUCCUCUUGCCCCCCACUUCAUACUAACUUGGAUGUUGCGAGGAAAUUAAACUCUUGAAAAACAAAACACUGAUCUGACCAAGUUUCUAAAUGUUGUAUAAACAAAUUUAAUAAUAUAAAGAAUUUUUCAUUAAAGACCUUUUUGCUUUUUUUUUACCAAAACUACCAAAUUUUGCAGGCAUGUACCAUAUUCUUUGGAAUGAAGAUGACAAAGCAUCCCUUGUUCACGGUGUUCAAAACAAAUCUUAAAUACUGUCGCUCACACUUACCAAAUGAGCAUGCAGGUAUGAUGGGAUGGUAAAUUUCAACUUCUACAUAUUUGGUCUCGCAUCACACUAUUUAUUAAUGUAAAAUGUAAAUGCUAUCUUUAUAUCACACUGACUUGGUUCAAGAUAACAUGUUGAAUUUGUUUUAUUUGAAUCACUGGUACAUCAAGUGUAUGAAAUAUAUUCAUCAUAGAUAUUUUAAUAAUUGCUUGUUUUAUCAUUUUAAAAGUUGAAAUAACAUGCAGCAAUUCAUUGUCUGUAGUCAUUUUGUUCUUUUUAAACUUUCCAAAUCAUUGUAUUGUAAGGAUGUGUGUUCUAUUUUAUUGUGUAGUGAAUGAAGGCAAUUCUAUUGCAUUGGUAAGAAUGUGUAUCUGGUUGAUUAAUUGGGUAUGCAAGCAUUGCUGGUUUAAUAUAUAUUGUAAAUAAAUUGAUAAAAAGAGAA